CACCAAGACUUCACGGAAGGAACAACACCAUUGUACCAGGGAGGUGUUAACAAUCGCCACAAACGAAAUGUAGCAUCAAGCACCAAUCCAACGAUCAGCCCAGAGGAACUUAAGACAAAAGUGACUUCAUAUGCCUGCCUCCUUAUUCAGUGCCCAAGAAACAUCACGCGUGGCCCCCCAGGUCCUCCCGGGCCUAAGGGAACUAGUGGACCUCCCGGCCCCCCAGGGCUUCCUGGUCCUCCUGGGCCUCACGGCUUCCAGGGCUCCCAGGGGCCUAAAGGUGACCAAGGUGCUCAGGGACCUCCUGGACGUAAAGGCGACCAAGGACCUCAAGGACCUAAGGGUGCUUGUUGUAAGUAAAGUUUUAAACACUCUACAUGGGCAGGUAAAACCAGUUGCAGAAGGGCUUGAGAAACUGUUAUCGAAAUUGGCCAAAUAUGAGCUUAUCAGACUUGGCAGGAUUCCAGCCUCUCUCCCUAUAUCAACUAUUUUUAAAAGAAUUCAAAGAUCGUAUUCAACUCUGGUUGGAAGGACAUCUUCGAAAUGGGAAGAGGGCGAAGAAAUCCUUGUAAUUGAAAGAUUUCUUCAUCUGAGGCACAUCCUGAGAAGGUUUUUGGCAGGGCGUAUCUCAAACAUUCAAACCAUUUUGCAGCUGAGAUGCCAGCGAAUAACAGUUUAACGGUGUUUUACUUGGUGACUUAAUUAAGUUUUGCUGUUUAAUAUGAUAACAAAACAAAAUUACGAGUAGCAUUUUUUCAUUUUUCCAAGCAACUUAAGCCUUUUUGGCAAGAAAUUCUCAGGUUAACUUCAGAAAUGUUUGUCAGAGUUGAUCAGAAUUAUACCGACAAAUGGACCAGGCAUAUACUUGCAAUUGAAUGAGGUGUUCUUCUUUUUCAAGGCAAGAUCAAGAAAGGGCUUGUAUCUACUGAACCGGGCCUGUCGUGCGAAGACAUCAAGUACAGCGGAGUUUACUCGAACGGUAAUUACUGGAUUCGACCAGCAGGGUCAAAUGAGACUUUCCAAGCAUAUUGCGACAUGUCAGCGGUUGGAGGUACGUAGAAAUAUAAACACUAAUCCCAGUGUAAAAACAUUCAUCCAAAGCCUUUUUUUCAGAAUUGUGAUUUCCUUACAUUAUUUUAUUGACCUUUUUUUCUUCCCUAACCACGCAACAGCUUCUAUCCGAUGGAUGAAAGUGAUUUUAUACACUCAAUUUAAAGUAGUUAACUUAUCUGCACUAUGAGGUGGUCCAUGGGGACCAGAGUUUUGAUACCGCUUGUGCAGUCAUCCUUUUUUACAGUUUUAGUGCACAACUUGCGAAAGAUAAACAAAUCCUCCAAAGCAUGCGCAUAGGAGUAAUUCCGUGAAAAGGCUGGCAUAAAUGCGAAACUAAAUUUUACUGGCAUCUUAAAGAAAGGUCAAGUACAUCUAAUCUAUUCAUUGCUUUGCCACUUCUUUGGUAGUUUUUUGUUAAAAUGUUUGUAAUAAGAGUAAAUUUAAAGCAAAGUUCCAGCAGAAUGAGUGCUUGUGUAAUACUUUCAUCGUUUUUCCGUUAAGUCCAUCAUCUUUAAAAUAGCAGACUAGUUAGCAAAAGUCAAUUUGGCCAGUGCUAAUUGCCCCUUGUACAGCAAGCACCAGAUCAUGGAGGAGCCAUUUUGCGAUGAAAAUCUGUAGAUAGGUUUUUUUUUUAUUUUACGAAAAACAAUCGCUCCUGCUUUUACUUACACUCGUGUUGUAUCACUCUAAAUCAGCCAUUUGUACUGACUGUUACCGCCUCUUAGUUUGCUGACUUUCAUCGCUACACGGUUACCUGAUUUCCGGACCUCGACUUUUACAAGCAGAUGUCACGUUUUGUUGAGCGUGAAGGUUCAAUAAAGGCCUGAUUUCCUCUAGAUUUACCAGAUUCCCGUUGGACGUCCUAAAAUUUUGUUUUGUCUAAUAGUUGCUUAAACUAGCGACAAGCGCUAAGAGGACAUUAAAGGCUGGACUUCGGAGCGAGAGUCAUGGUCAACUGACAUGGUUUUCUUAUAGCACCGAUUCAUAGCUUUAAAGAAAGACAAAAUGUUUUUCCAUUUUUUUCUUUUUUUGUAGAUUGGAAGAUUGUCACCCGUGCGUGGAUUGAAAGCACUUUCAAACGAGGCGUUACGCUGACCUACAGCGAGGAAAACUAUGGACUCGUCAUCUCUGGUAGCACAUACUUGCGUGGCUGUGGCAAGACCAUAGAUCCAGGGGCGCUGACGUUAAUCAAAGGUUACUGGACCAAAAUAAAGUACACGCAAGAGUUUCGAGGGGUAACGUCGUGUUGGAGUAUAUUUGGGGCAAACUGGUGAGGUUUUAAUAACGUUCAUAGUGUCAAUAAUAGACCUAGACCCUCAUAAAUAAAAGAAACCACUGCAGCGAAAACAAGCAGAAAUAAGCGUCCUAUUCAGGAUCCUAACGUAUUCAGGAUUGGCUUAAAUCUGACUUCUGGUUACUGACUUUGACUCUGGAGAAGUCACUUGACGGCACUUGCACCACUAUGCUUAACUUCCUGCAGUCCUGAACAUCACCUCGCAAAGCCAUGUACUCAAUGAAAUCCCGUAUUAUACCCUUCCCAGACUUUCAAAAGGCUAUUGUUACAAUCUUUUGAGAAGAAUUUCGUUAGGAUCCGGUGAACUUUGUAUUGAAAGCUCUAAGAAACGACAGAGACUAAACAUAUUGUCAUCUAAAAAAAUGACGUCCUUGCCGGAGUGGCCUUGUCCUUAAACAGAUAAUACAUUUUAUGAACCUGAUGUUUGUUUUAAUGACUUUAGGUAUGGCCGUUCUUCUGUGAACAAUCACCCAACAGGUCUGCACCCCUUUGACGGUUACAAAGGAGACUCGAUAACCGGACAGCACAACAUGGGCGGAAACUGUGAGUAAAUUAUAUUCUUUUUCCUUUUGUGAAAAUAUAGCAAAUUUUUCGCUAUAUAGGCGAGGUUAAAAAGGAACUAGGCAUAUAUAUAUAUAUAUUUUUUUUGGCCUCCAUCAGGUUUAAAAUGCAAAUAUUUGGCAAGUGUGUAAUGUAAAUAGUCAAGUCUAUCAAGUCUAUUUUUUUGUCCAUUCCGUGAGAUGGCCGAGAUUUCAACACUAAAAAGAAAAGUAAAUAGUUAUAUAGGGCGUAGGAUACAUAAUUAAACUUAGGGUGUAUUUAUUUGCGGGAUACGCCUACCGUAAAUGAUCGAUUAAGCGCCGCGGUCCUUCAGUUUCAUUUUCCAAUUUAAAGGUCAGCUGCGCUUAUUCGAGAGCGGCGCUUUUUUCAACUACCGGCAAAACACUGAGGGGAAUAUAGAGAGAACUCAGAGUUGAGUUGGUCGUGGUCUUAUUUCUCAAGCGAUAUGGUUUUGAUAUCUCUUUUUAGUAAAAUCCAACUAGUGGUCUAUUAUCAAUGCUACGUUCUGAUUGGUUGAGCUACUACUAGGCUAUAUGUUAUAGCCCAUUAACAGCGAAAGGCGCCGGCAAUUUGGCGGGCAAAAAAUGAUUAAAGUCUAGCUUUAACUGAUACUAGCUUAAUUUUUUUUUUCUCGAUAUUAUUGACCAAAUAGUUGGAUUUUACUAAAACAAUUAUUCCUCUCGCCCUCAUGGCCUCUGAGUCAAAAGCCAUUCGGCCUUCGGCCUCAGUGGCUAUUGGCUCAGAGUCCAUUCGGGCUCGAGGAAUACUGUUAAAUAUCAAGCGCCGUAACAAAGGUGUGGCGUUUAUUUGGAAAUACCAAAACUAGGACCUCGGUGCUUAUUAAAUUAUUUUCGGUAAAGGUGCGGUGCUUAUUCGAGUAGCGGCGCUUAAUCGAUCAUUUACGGUAUACCAAAAAAAUUCGACAACCCGUUUAUUAUCAUCACUUUUCCGUCCCUUUAUAGGGUAUGCGAUACCCUAGGUAUCAGUGCACAUUCACUUGUUCCUCGCUCAACGUCGACUGAACGUUUGGUGGGAGGAGGCGGAAGAGGGAUAAGGAGAAGUUAGUGCGGGGUACCGUAAAAUUCCGAAAAUAAGCCCCUCCAUGUAUAAGACCCUCCAAAUAUAAGCCCCCUAAACCGGUAAAGCAAGAAACCCUCCGUUAAAUCGCCCCUCCAAAUAUAAGCCCCCCAGGGGUUUGUACUUGGAAAGAUACCCUCGAAUACAAAGUAAAACAAAACAAAAACGGUAAAUUUACUUCCAACUAUGAGGCUAGCCCAAUCGAUUUCGAAACGCAAAUUUCCUUCCGUAGAUAAGCCCCUCCAAAUAUAAGCCCCUCCAAAAAUAAGCCCCUCGAAAAGGGCCUUUGAAAAAUAUAAGCCCCGGGGCUUAUUUUCGGAAUUUUACGGUAUUUUAUCAACAGCAAACUGUUCCGCUUAGAAGGGUACACUUACAUUAUUAAAGAGGCGCAUUGAGCUUUGUAAAUGCGCCAUAUAAGAAUGUAUGUAUGUAUUUUUUUUGUUUUUAAGGAUCUUUUUUAAAGAAUUAGGAAUUUUAGGAAUACGAGAUUUUAUUCUUUUAUUUCUUUUUCUUUUAAUAUCAGAGGCGAAUAAUUCUGGUUUGUAAUGACUUAAUAUAAACUCUGGACUGCCUGCAAGAGUCAUUGACCGCAUCUGAGCCGCAAGGAAUGUAUUUGCGAAAUCGUUAUUGACAAAGUGAUUGCUAUUUUUACUAUUUAUAUAAUUCUUAAUGUUAUAUAGUGCUUAAUUCUUACUUCAAAUAUUUCUGUAAAUUAUGUACAUAAUUUUUUUUAAAGUUAAAUAAAGUUAUUAUUAUUAUUAUUAUUAUUAUUAAGCAUAGUUCAGUAGACUGGAAAUGUGAAGUCGGUGCAUAUAGUGCAUAUAGUGAUCUUUUGAAUUUCAUCCUAUACUGAGUGUACCAAAUAUUCCCAAGUUUGCUGAUAUCGUAAAUACGUUUGUGAACAAGAGACAUGAAGAAAGCUGUUUGAAAACAUGGCGACCUUUUAUUACCGAUUUUAGUUUUCUUUUCUGAAGACUGUAGUCGGCAUUCACAACGUCAACAAGAAAGCAGAUUAUGCAGGUGUUGCGACAGACAGGCAAACUGUAGAGACUCUGAGAAUGCAGUGACUUUUGGGGCAGCAAAAUCUCAAGUGGGUGAGGGAGGUGGGGAGGGGGGUCUGGCCUAAACGUCCAGUUGACGUCAAGCAGGGAACAAGUGAAUAUGUCGACGAUCCCUAAGUUGCUCAUGCAAAAAUAACUGGCGCAUGAAAUAUACCAAUGCGAAUUUUUCUUGCAAAAAGAAUUGCGGCGUUGGCAAUAUAAUAAAACAACCCGCUCAAGCUUUCAACUAUGCGUAUAUCGAGUUCUGAAGAACUUUGAAAGUUUAAAAAACACUCAAGAAGGUAGAGGUGCUUUCGGUUGCGCUGCAAGCAACUUUAACGCUUCUUUCGCGCUCUCCGUGCUAACUUCCCGCGUGCUUGCUUUAUAACUAGAUAUGACGCUNUAUACCAAUGCGAAUUUUUCUUGCAAAAAGAAUUGCGGCGUUGGCAAUAUAAUAAAACAACCCGCUCAAGCUUUCAACUAUGCGUAUAUCGAGUUCUGAAGAACUUUGAAAGUUUAAAAAACACUCAAGAAGGUAGAGGUGCUUUCGGUUGCGCUGCAAGCAACUUUAACGCUUCUUUCGCGCUCUCCGUGCUAACUUCCCGCGUGCUUGCUUUAUAACUAGAUAUGACGCUCAGAUACGUGCAAGCAUGCGCAUGAACCAGUUGUUAACCGAAAAUGUCCCUUUUCAUUUUCAGCUCACGUCUUCGAUGGCGUGACAACAAAAUGUAACAAUGACAGAGCAACCAACUUUUGGCUUCACCCGCAUACAGUUCGUUCCGCCACUGUUGUCCUCAGAAGGAAUUUGACGGUAAAAAAGGCGGGAAUUUUUACUGGCACCUCAUGUGGCUUACCUACUUACAAGAUCAAGGAGAUUUUCGUGCGUUUUUAG